AGUGUGUUAAAAUUGUCACAUGAUCUACUGAAGUUUUAAGGUGGAGAUCCGUUGUGCAGCAGCAUAACUGAGCUGUGAAGGGGAAGUCUGUUGCAGAACUCCACAACGUAAGGAAAAAUGGACGGCAGCAGUUUUACAGAAGGAGAAGUUUAUCAAGAAUUCUUCAACUCCAGAGUCUAUUUAGAAACAUACUAUUCUUCUGCAGUUGGAUGCCCUGAAGAAGGAAAUCAUUUGUGUUUUGAACUGACAAAUUUAUUUAAUAUAUUUUCUUCAGGUUCCGUCAAAGGUCAGAAACUGAUUGAUAUUGGAACAGGCCCUUGCCUUCACCAGCUUCUGGUGGCCUGUGAAUGGUUUGAGGAAAUUAUCGUCACUGAUUAUACUGACAGUAACCGUCUUGAAAUUGAAAAAUGGAUAAGAAAUGACCCAGAUUGCUUUGACUGGAGUGCAAUUGGAAAAUUUAUUUGUGAAAUUGAAGGAAACAGAGUGUCAUGGACUGAGAAACAGGAAAAGCUGAGACAACGACUCAAGCGAGCUUUGAAAUGCGAUGUCACUUCUUGCAACCCACUGCACCCUGUUUGUGUUGAACCAGUUGAUUGCCUAAUGACAUCACUGUGCUUGGAGGCAGCUUGCAAGGACAAAGAGACAUAUCACAAUGCUAUAAAAAACAUAAGUACGUUGUUGAAGCCAGGGGGAAGUCUCAUAAUAACUGCAGCACUGAAUGAUACUUUCUAUAUGGUUGGCAGUCGAAAAUUUUCAUGUCUUUACUUUGACAAGGAAUUUCUAAUUAAAGUACUGAAUGAGAAUAACUAUAUUAUACAGAAAGUAGAUAUCAUGCCUGGCCCUGACAGGGCUACGAAUACUCAUUCUGAUUUUGAAAGUAUUAUUUUCCUUGUUGCACAAAAACAAUUUUGAAGAUGGUAAUUAUAUUAAUAGUAUAACAUAAUGUUUAGUCUUGUAAUUAUCUUAUCAGUUGUAUAUGGUAAAGUAUUAUUCAAAGUCUCUUUAUCUCAUUUUAAUGUACUGUAAAUAAUACCAUAAAGUCUGCUAGAAGAUGAA